UUCUUAAUACUGGUGCUCUCUGACUUUUAUUUUAUUACUUGAAACACUGAUCGAUUGAGAAAAGAAAAAGGCGCGAAAUUCUAUCUAGAUUUUUCUCUGUCAGUGUCAAACUUAGACGUCUAGACUUCCCCUCCUCAGGUUUUGGUCCCCCCUCCACUCCUCCCUCCUCCAUUUUGGUGUUGACUACGGAGGGGUGCACGCGUGUCAUUUUAUUCUUUGUUACCGCAACCGCAUGUGCAUUUAGAGCAAGAAAGAAAGAAGUUUAAAUUACAAUAUUUUUGGUGCUAUUGAUUAAAGUUUCACCUUGAAUUACUUUGUUAACUUGUGUGAAAUAAUGGACUUUAAUUUUGAAGAUGUUGAGAGUGAAGACCGGCGAGAAGUUACUGAACUUUCUUUAUUAACUCCAGCAUCUUCUCGGGCUGCGAGCCCAAUCGAUCAGGAAUUAAUAAAUCAGGGACUUUUUGAUUUAGAUCAAGGGAUUCACCAGACUGGUGAAGGUUUAACCUGCAUUGAGGAUCCUAUUAACUCAAUCAUACCAAUAUCAAGGCUUGGUAAUGACAUGAAAAUAAUUAGAAAAAUUGACGAAGGCGCUUUUGGAACUGUAUUAGAGGUACACCACCAGAUCGACAAGCAAUUGCAUGCUUUAAAGUGCAUAAAGUUAACCACAGAAGACAAAGAAAAAAGAAUCAAGAUAAUGCGAGAAGCCAAAACGCUAGCAGAGCUCAAACAUGAAAACUUGCUUCGUUACGGUGGCUCCUGGAUCAAUAUAUAUUACCCCUUGGAAGAUAUAUCAUGUGAUGAUAAUGAUAAUACUAGUUCGAGGACACUGCUGUGCAUAUUAACAGAAUUAUGUGAUACUAAUCUUACUCAGCUUAUUGAAGCUGAUUUGCACCGACAGCCUUCUAGAGCGAGGAAUAUUUUUUGGAAGAUAGCGGAAGGCCUGGCUUAUUUACACGCCAGAGGCUUCAUUCACGGAGACCUAAGGUCGGACAAUAUUCUUAUUAAGAAAAAGGACUUAAACAAAAAAGGUGAUUGCGGAGUCUGUUUUCAAGGGUGCUACAGUUCUUUUCAGUUGCCCUGUAGACACAUCUGUUGUUCCCUUUGUGUUAAAGUAAUUGCAUUCGAAUCUAAGGACUGUGCCAUAUGCCAAUUCAAGAUCCCGUUUGGUUAUUUUGAUAAUCCAGUAGAUAAUAUUGAUAAAGAAAACCAAGUAUAUCAAUGGAAAUAUGCAGGAAAAAAGGGAUGGUAUCCAUACGAUAACCAACAUAAUGUUGCAUUAGAAAAUGCAUUUAACGAUGGAUGCCUGGAAUGCAGCGUGAGAAUUCAACACACUAUGUACCGAAUUAACUUUCAAGACAUGGUACAAAUGCAAGAGACUGAUAGAACUAAGACUCGCAAGAUCAGGAGGGAACCUCCUUCAUUGAUGGCUAAAGAUGAUGAUACAGAUGACGUCAAGAUCGGCGAUUUUGGACUUACUCAGUUGACAUCGGAUAUGUUUACGGGUUUUACUCAAAAAGAUGACAUGUACCGUCUUGGCGUGAUUUUGCUGGACAUGUUCAUGUAUUCUAUAAUUGACAAGAAUGUAUGCAGUGGAUGGAACGUGCGACUAAAGAAGGAUACUGUUCUGCGGAACAAAGACCCGGAAAACAUAGGUUUAAUAUAUUUAUUAGGCCUUCUUCUGAAAGAUGAUCCUAACGAACGUCCCACCUGCGCCGAACUCCUAGGUCCAGUUAAAAGAGGGUUCGAGCAGAAGCUAAGAUGGAGGAAACGUCAAGCCGAACAAUUACAGGAUGACAAUAUGAAACGAAUGCGCGAAACCCAACUUCGAUAAGUUUUCAUGCUUUUAGUCUUUCCAUGUUCAAAUCAUGUUGUAUUUUGUACUAUUUUCUUCCCCAUAGGUUUUUACUUUUUUAUAUCAAAUGAUUGAAACUUAAUUCGAUAAGUAUUACUUCAUCGAGUGGAAAUGACAACACUCUUGUUUGUAUCGUUCCAAAAGGAGUUCACCUGUAUUUAUUCUGAACAAUGUGUUCAUUGGUUUUCUUGUGUCACUUCUGUCUUCUGUCAAUUCUGACUUGUUCUACAUUUCGUUAUUGAUUUAGGUCGGUUGCAUUAGGUAAAUACUUCCGACCAACUUUGAUUCCUAUUCGGCCCAAAGGCCCUAAAGUGUUAUCCCCUCCUAAAGUGUUAUCUUCGUUGCCAUAUAUUCCUACAAUAAUCACCGGUAAUAUACAUUUGAGGACACAAAAAAUUUGAGGCAACCCCAUCAGACAAGACCUUGUCUCUACAUGUAACUGAGAAUAUACCGCCCUUAUUCUGCUGAUAAGAAUCUGAUCACCCGCUGAUCUUUUAAAUGUAUAAAAGUGACUGAAAAGGAAUUUUAAUAUUUAUAUGAGGCACCAAUAGCGAAAAAUAACGUCCAACAUUCUUUAAAUGAAAAAAAAACUGAAGAUGAAAUUCGCAGAUUUAUUAACACCCAUGGGUCGGGUCGCCUUCGAGUUGUGUUGACAUGCUCACUUGGUCAGCGGGAACGAAGAAGGAAAUGUAUGCAGCUGGUAUUAUAAUUUUAUAAAAAAAAAAACAA